UCCUCUGGAAGUGUGAAUACCUGAUGCAGGAGCAGAAAACUACAUGUAAUCAUCAGGUAUAGUACUCUGCUCGUACUAAAGCUAACCUUUAUUUCUUCUUUUAUUAGAAACAUACACAAUGCACUGAGAAAUUGGUGGAAAAAUCUACCUAACUAUAAGAUGAAAACAAAACAUUUGUUGUACAAAAACCCAGGAAUGGCUGGCUAAUUUGAAACAAGGGCAAGGCGCUGUGUCUCCACCACUUGAAAGUGUAAGCAACGAGAGGCUGUUGAAUACCAUGGUAACACUAAUAACAGAAAAGCUGCAAAACCAGACCUUGGAUGACCUAACAUGUAAAACAGUGAAUAUUAAUCUGUUCUCAUCUGAGAAGCAGAACAAAAGUAAUAGCCUGUUCCCAUUUGAAAUCAGUGGAGAGGGCCCUUGGAAAUCUUCACAUGAGGUUUGUCAGGUCCGAACUGAACCAAGCAAGAAUUCAGUUUGUUCUUUGCCGUUGUGCCCAUUCAGUUCAAGUGGAGCCAACGUGGGUUUACACUGUCGACAUGAACCUUCGGACCAGUCUCUAGUUUCAGGAUGGAUAAGUGAACUCAGUCUUCAUGAGAACGCCAAACAGCCACUGACACCGCCUACAAAACGACACUGUAGGUCACUCUCUGAACCAGAUGAAAUAGUUCGUUGCCGAUCACCAUGGAAACCGGGUAGUUCAAAGAUCUGGACUCCUGUGUCUAAGAGACGAUGCAACAGUGGAGGCAGCGCUACUUUGCAGCGAUGCAGUAGCCACGGAGGCACCACUUUAAAAGAAAGCACAACCAUCAGCCUGGCUCACAAUGGACCGCCUUUAAAUAACGUAUUCCAAAUCACGAGCUUCAACACUUCACCAGUGCCCAGACCAUCUUCUGCAAGUAGCGGCUUUGUAGACAGCAGCGAAGAAAGCUCAAGUUUAAGUUUUCGUUGGAGUUCUGGAAGAUCUUACGACUUCAACCUGAGACGCCGCCUUUCCCUAUCACAGGAACAUAUUACUGAAACAGGAAGCAGCUUGUCUUCAGCCAAUAGCACUCCCACCUCCACACCAGAGCUCAGUCGGAGUCAGGGCUUGCUGAGGUGUCGCUCACAGCCAUGUGUCCUGAAUGAGAAGAAAAGCCGACUCAAGCGGAGACGAGAAGAGGAUCUCCGAUGGAAUCGCCCCUCAUUAGACUUUUUAAAAAUGACUCGGACUUUAAAAAAUUCAAAAAGUCUCUGCUCACUUGAUUAUGAGGAUGAUGACAGUGAUGAGGCACAGAUGAAGACCCUUGUCUCCUCUCCAUGUGACUCGAAUGACCUAAUGAACAUUAUCACCCCCAGUUUCAGUCUAGAGAAAGAGCAGCCAAAUGAUGACAAGCAUCAUGGCUCCCAGAAAGCCACAGCAAGCUUCAGCACCAGGGCUUCCAAGGGUGUGGCUGCCAGGCGCGCAAGUGGAGAGGAGACCAGUGACUGUGAAAGCACCGAAGACGGCAUUGAAGAGGACAUCUUUCCUCUGGACUGUGAGGGCCUAGAUCUUGAGCAGAUUGAAAAUAACUGAGUCAGUGGCAGGGUAAAAACCUAAAUUUUAAUUUUGUACCAGAAAUGUUAGUGGACUAUGAUGCUUAUCCCCGCGUUUCUGCAGCUUCACCGAGAAGGAAUGUUUCAUGAAUGUUGAUUAGUGCUGAAUUUUAGAUGUACACUUAGAUGCUCUCAGAGGUAGUCUGUCAAGAAAUCAUUUGGAUUUAGACAACUCCUAAUACAAGUCUCUUGUCUCUUUUCUUUCCAGCUCUAGGGGGUGCACUCACUUGAAGCUCGUUUUUGGAAGGGCAUUCAGUGCUGCAGUCUGGAUGCAGUGAUUCUAUUGAGGGUUUAAGGUCUUUUGCUAAAGAGAUUAACAUGAAAGUGAGUUACAUAACCAAAUUGCUAUCGAGCCAUACAUGAUCGAUCCAAAAUAUGUAACUGCCUGCUUGUGCAGUGAGUAGAGUUUUGAACAUCAUGUAGAAAUGGCUUUCUAUACAAGUGGGCUUGGUUCACACACCAGCGGCACCACUGAAUAUCCUCUGAUUUGUGCUUGCCUGCCUUUGAAUGGAAUAAACAGUGUUUGAACCAGAGGUUGACACAUACCAGGUUAUACCUGAUUCCCACAUCAGCUCUUCUUAGAACUGCCCAGUCAUGGGAUCUUGUAGCCGGAUACAUGUGUACCUUCAGUUUAUGUGAUACUUUUUUCAUGAGAGAAUAGAAGGCAUGAGAAGGCAUAAGAAUAUUCACAUGUAGGACAUGUUGACAAAUAGCACCUUGUAUGAACAGCACUAAGACUUGUUCUGUCAAAACCUUCUAAAGGUUGCAAUGUUCCUAUUUGAACUGUUUUGUAGCUGAAGCAAUGCUAAACUGAGUGGACUGGACUGCAAGUCCUUGCCCACUGCCUUGGUCAUUAUGUUUUCAGAGGAAUGUAUGACAAAAGCACUUCAACUUCUCGGAAGGGACUCUGGUAUGAUGAGUUUCUCAAGAGGUAACCUUUCAGCAAUACUAGAAAGAAACUAGUCCUUGAAUUAAAUUACAUUUUGCUUUC